AUGUGUUUGACGGCUCACUUCACUGAUGAUGAUUGGAAAUUACACAAAAAGAUCUUAAAUUUUUGUCCAAUUGCUAGUCACAAAGGUUUAUUGAUUGGUAAGGCAAUUGAGAGGUGUUUACUUGAUUGGGGUAUUUCUAAGGUUUUCACCAUUACCGUUGACAAUGCAAGUUCUAAUGAUAUUGGAAUAAAAUAUCUCCAGAACCGGUUAGAAAGUUGGAAGGGUAGUGUUUUGAGUGGUGAUUUUCUGCACAUGAGGUGUUGUGCACAUAUAUUGAGUCUCACUGUAAAAGAGGGGUUAAAAGACAUGGAGGACUCCAUUUUUAGAAUUCGCUCUACAGUGAGAUAUGUGAGGUCUUCUCUGAAAGCAUUUGAGUUGUUGGAAAUCCAAGACGUUAAGUAUAAAGAUGAACUUACUAGAGGGGAAAAGUCAAGGGGUUUGCCUAUGCCUAGUGAUUGGGAGUAUGCCCGUUACUUGUUACCUUUCUUGAAAGUUUUUUAUGAUGCUACUCUACAGGUGUCAAGCUCACUUUUAGUUACCGAUAAUGCAUACAUGCGCGAGAUCUUUGCCAUUGGAAUGCAGAUUUCAACAUGGUCUAGAAUGGUAUUAGAUCAUAGAUUCAAGUUAGGAUAUGUGAAUUGGGUUAUUAGUAAAUCUUAUGAUGAUACUAAUGCUGAACUUUUGAAGAUAAAAGUGCAUACAACUUUGUAUUCUUUAUUUGACCAAUACAAGCUCAUUUAUAGUUCUCCAAGUGGGCAAUCUAGUCAACAGUCUCAACAAGCAAGUCAAGUUAAUGUGGAAGAUGUAAAUGUUGAUCCCAAAGAAUUGAUGUAUUGUAUGUAUGAUGAGGCAAUGGCUGGACAGGAGGUUACGGUAACCAAAUCUGAGAUGGAUAAAUAUUUAGAGGAUGAAUAUGAGUAG